AUGCAACUGGAAAAACAGGUUGAGCUACUGAAAAAGCAGCUGGCUGAUCUGCAUGGCAAAUUUGCUUUGACGGAAGUCGAUCGGAAACGGCUGUCAGGCCUUUUGGAGGAAAGGAAUUUACCCCAAAGUAAGCCUAAUGAGCAUUUGAAUCAUCCAAAUGCCGAGGAUCCAAAAGCAUAUUCAUCCGUUAAUCAGUCGGUUCAAGAAAGUCUGGCAGUUCAUCGCGAAACGGAAAAGAACGAACUCAAGCGAAUGCAGAGAGAAGCUGUGGAUUUCAAGAGAAAGUUGGUUGCACUACAAAAAGACCUUGAUGCUAAGGACGAGCAAAUUGAUAAGUACAGGAGGCAAUUGUCACCAGGUCAAAAACAAUAUAAUGCGGAUUUCCAUGACUCUUCGCCGAAAUUUAACUGGUCCACUUCAGAUGAUCGUGAAAUACACAAAAAGAGCGAGCAGGAAAUAAGACGUCUGCAGAAAUCCAUGGAAGCAAUACGAGGCGAACUGCAACAAGUUAAACAAGAUAAACAUAGACUUCAGCUAGAAUUGAACGAUGCAAACGAGCGUGCAUCACUCUCAACGAGAAAGGGAGUGGUAGAAAAAACCGACCAGAAAAGUAUAGCCGUUCUUAGGCGAAAAGUCGACAAUUUCCUCAGCGAUGCCAGCCGGGAUGCGGCUACUAUUCAGUGCCUCAAAAAUGAGCUCCAAGCGGCACAAGAAGAACUAAAGUACGAGACCGAGGCCCGCGCUAAGUUUGAAGAACUCGCCGCUCAGGCGAUCGAUAGGAACAAUCAUGUCCCCAAGGCAGAGGUGGUGCGGUUGCAGCAACAGCUUCAAGAAUGCAAUCUACAACUUCGCCAAGCUCACGCCGAGGCGGAUGAAACGCGGCGGAACGCUCAGAAAGAGAUUCAGGAGCUUAAAAACUGGUGUGCGCAAUUGAGAGAACGCCAAGAUAAGCAGAUGCAUGAGAUGGAGGUUGCCUUACGAAACAGUUCCACCGAUCCGCAGCGGAACCGACCGACCGGGGAAAAAGUGCAGGUGCCUGAUCUCCAAAUGAAGACUCUUUCAAGGAAAUAUACGGGGGGGAAGCUUCUGGCAAGUGCACGCUCAAGUCACCAAACGAAUAAUGGGACUCAAGAGCAAGAAAAAAAAAGACUAGAGGGUUUGGGAGGGUCAUUUUGGACCAUUUCAUCUGGCGAUCCCGAUGAUCGGAUAACCCAGAUGCAACACCGUUCCAUUGUGGAUAAACUCAAGAAGGAAAAUGCAGAACUUCGGUGCAAACACGACCUCCUGGUCCAACAGCUUAAGCCUUCAGAAGAGGAAGGAGGUGCCGAACCUGAAAUCAAACGCGGUCUGCAUGUUCAAAGGACGGUUCAGGCAGAGGCAGUGCACCUCGGGGAAUCAGUGCUAUCUCCCAAACAUGAUAGAUUCAAAACAGGAAAUCAGACAGGAGGGAUUACUCGAUCCGAUGCAUUUGGUACAAAGAACACAAAUAUGGGGAAUCCAAUCACUAGUUCGGGGGUAAUGACAGCGGGAGGGGGAGAAAGCGAAGAGGUUAUAAACGAUAAUGUGGAUGGCCUAAAGACCGAGAAGUCCAGUUUACCUUAUACACAAACCACAGGUGCCGAGCAAGAGAGAAAAAAGGUACCUGAGUUUUCCAUGACUACCGAAACGCAUCGCGAUUUGAAUUCAAAUUCAAUGAAAACGAAACAAAAGAAAAAGACUAACUGUAGUUGCCAUUGA